UAAAAGGAUGGAUCUGAACAUUGAGCAAAAGUACAUCAACACGGUGACAGAAUACACUUGGCCUGACACACCCAACCAUCUCCCUCUUUUUGACCUCAACCUCAAAAAAGCACCAACAUCUAAUCUUUCUCUCUGUCUCUCACACGCACUCUCAAAAUGCGUCUCACCCCUCUCACCCUCGCCUUGAGCACCCUCUCAACAACCUCGGCCUUUAUCUCCGGCAUCACUCUGCCCGCCACCAUCGCCCCCAACAAACCUUACACCAUAACCUUCGAUGCGAAAGUCGAUCCUUACUCGAUGUGGACUGAUGUCGCCGACAGUACCCAACGAUUUACCACCUGCCUCGAACCCCAAGCAGGUACCGGUGAAGCCGGUGACGACGGCGCCGGAUGGUAUUCAGAAGUUUAA